AUAUAUAUUUAUAUAUUUAUAUAUUUACAGAAUAAACCCCCUCAACGUAUAUCUAAAAUGUCUGACAAGGAAGAAUUAGUGCAGAAGGCUAAGCUCGCCGAGCAGGCUGAGAGAUACGACGACAUGGCAGCCAGUAUGAAAUCGGUAACUGAAACUGGUGUCGAGCUGAGUAACGAGGAGAGGAAUUUGCUGAGUGUUGCCUACAAGAACGUGGUCGGAGCCAGGAGAUCCUCCUGGAGGGUUAUCUCCAGCAUAGAACAGAAAACUGAGGGCAGUGAGAGCAAACAGGCUAUGGCUCGUCAGUACCGUGAGAAGGUAGAGACUGAGCUGCGUGAGAUCUGUAAUGAUGUGCUGGCUCUCCUGGACAAGUAUCUGAUCGCUAACGCGAGCAGUGCCGAGUCCAAGGUUUUCUACCUCAAGAUGAAGGGGGAUUAUUUCAGGUAUCUGGCUGAGGUAGCUGCCGGGGACGCUAAAUCUACAGUUGUAGAUAACUCACAGAAAGCUUACCAGGAUGCAUUUGAUAUCUGCAAGAGUGAGAUGCAGCCCACCCACCCCAUCAGGUUGGGGCUCGCGCUCAACUUCUCAGUUUUCUACUACGAAAUCCUUAAUAGUCCUGAUAAGGCGUGUCAGCUAGCUAAGCAGGCGUUCGACGAUGCUAUAGCUCAACUUGAUACUCUCAAUGAGGAGAGUUACAAGGACUCAACCCUGAUCAUGCAACUAUUGCGUGACAACCUGACUCUGUGGACGAGUGAUACCGCCGACGAUUCGGCGGGUGGAGACGGGGAGAAAGCGGAUGCUUAAAAUCGAAGGUGGUUGCUGCGUAUUAUCAAGGUUGUUUUUGUCAAAAGGAUUGGUUUGUUGGAAUCAGUAUUUUCUAUGUUCCUCUUGAAAACAUUACAAAACACUUAUUGUACUGUAACGCAAAGCUUUUUAAUUGUGAUUUUAUUGUCUUGUGAAACAUUAUCCUAAAGAUCCAAAAAUGAUUUUGCGCCCACUAACUAUAAUUUUAUUUCAGA